AUGGUGGUGGUGUGGCCGCCUCAGGAGUGGGCCUGGCAGGCUGUUCUCCUGGUGACCGGAGUGGCAUUGCUGAGCCGUGGGUCUCAUGCCAACAUGUUGGACACCAUGCUGCUGAAGAACGGAUGGAAGGGUGGAUCAGAGCGUAGGACGGAGGAGAGCAGCAGCGCGGCCACGGUUUCGGCUCAGAACAUGCUCUGGUGUCACUGCUACCACCACUGCCCCGAAGACUCCGUCAACAACACUUGCAUGACUGACGGCUACUGCUUCACCAUGGUGGAGGAGGAGGAGGGGGGUCUGGCAGUGCUCACCGCAGGUUGUUUGGGUCUCGCCGGCUCUGAGUUCCAGUGCAGAGACACGUGGAACGCACGUUCGAGGAGAGCUCUGGAGUGUUGCACAGAUCAGGACUAUUGCAACAGAGACUUGCAUCCUACUCUCCCUCCACUCAUGACGUCAGAUUAUGUUGACAGCAGCAUCCAGUACAUGGCGCUCUUCAUUUCAAUCACAGUCUGCAGUAUCAUCCUCGGUCUCAUCCUCGUAUUCUGCUACUUCAGAUAUAAGCGCCAGGAGUCACGACCCCGCUACAGUAUCGAUCUGGAGCAGGAAGAGACCUACAUCCCCCCUGGGGAGUCCCUGAAGGACCUGAUAGAGCAUUCUCGCAGCAUCGGGUCUGGCUCUGGGUCAGGACUCCCUCUGCUGGUGCAGCGCACUAUCGCCAAGCAGAUUCAGAUGGUCAAGCAGAUUGGAAAAGGGCGAUACGGAGAGGUCUGGAUGGGCAAGUGGAGAGGCGAGAGAGUGGCCGUUAAGGUCUUCUUCACCACGGAGGAGGAGAGCUGGUUCAGAGAGACCGAAAUCUAUCAGACCUUCCUGAUGAGACAUGACAAUAUACUGGGAUUCAUAGCAGCAGAUAUUAAAGGAACCGGCUCGUGGACUCAGCUCUACCUGAUCACAGACUACCAUGAGAACGGAUCGUUAUACGACUACCUAAAGUCCAACACCCUAGACGUCAAGGCCCUGCUGAAACUGGCCUACUCCUCAAUAUCAGGCCUCUGCCAUCUGCACACUGAGAUCUAUGGCACGCAGGGCAAACCAGCCAUCGCACACAGAGACCUAAAAAGCAAGAACAUCUUGGUAAAAAAGAACGGAUCCUGCUGUAUAGCAGACCUUGGACUUGCUGUCAAGUUUAACAGUGACACCAAUGAGGUGGAUAUCCCUCCCAACCUGCGAGUCGGUACGAAGCGCUACAUGCCGCCUGAAGUGCUGGAAGAGACCCUGAACAGGAGCUACUUCCAGUCCUUUAUAAUGGCCGACAUGUAUAGUUUUGGCCUCAUCGUCUGGGAGAUGGCCCGACGCUGCCUCUCUGGAGGCAUCGUGGAGGAGUAUCAGCUGCCCUACCACGACCUCGUGCCCACUGAUCCUUCCUAUGAAGACAUGAGAGAAGUCGUCUGCAUUAAGAAACAAAGACCCUCAUUUGCAAAUCGCUGGAGCAGCGAUGAGUGUCUAAGGCAGAUGGGAAAACUCAUGUCGGAGUGCUGGGCCCACAACCCGGCCUCUCGCCUCACAGCCCUGAGGGUGAAGAAGACCCUGGCGAAGAUGUUAGAGUCCCAAGACAUCAAACUGUGACGGAGAGUUGAGAGAGACGCUCUCGUCAGCGGACACUUGUCACUGCCACUGGCAAUGGCGCCACUUACACUGGCCAGCCGACGAAAGGGAAGAAAUAGAGACUGUGAAUGAUAGGACAAAGGAAACUGACAGCGGGGAUGAGUGAUGGAGAUGAUGGUCGACGGGGAGCCAGAAUAAUGAGAGGCUGUAAGAUUUAUCAUGUCAGAAGGCGAUCCGCCCUCCCAUUGUCCCAGCCACCCCCUGCCUCGGUGUGCAGGGUGUGCUUUCUGUGAAAGC